UUUGGUCAGUUGGUUUGGUGGCAGCGAGCAGCAAAGAACAGUUAGUAGGCCUCCUCCUCGUGGUUCCGUGUGAAGUCAGAAAAUUGAGCAGAAGUUACCCAUUACAUAUUCUCCUUCUGCACAGUUCUAGGCGGUAAUCUGUUUUUGGUGAGUGGUGUGAAAAAGAAGUUCGGUUUGCGGAUAUUUCAACAACAAUGGCUCUUAGCCGUAUCUAUUCGUCAAAGUUGGCCAGUGCCAAUAAGAACCUCCUGCCGGUGAUCACCACCUACGUGCGAAAUGCAUCCGACAGCACCGACCUGAAGGCCGUACUCUCCGAAAAAAUCCCCAAGGAGCAGGAACGCGUCAAAAACUUCCGCAAGCAGUUUGGUGCCACCAAAGUUGGCGAAGUCACCGUUGACAUGAUGUACGGUGGUAUGCGUGGCAUCAAGGGUCUGGUGUGCGAAACCUCGGUGCUCGACCCCGAUGAGGGCAUCCGAUUCCGUGGACUGUCCAUUCCUGAGUGCCAGAAGGUGCUCCCAAAAGCCCCAGGUGGCGCUGAACCAUUGCCCGAGGGUCUGUUCUGGUUGUUGAUCACUGGUGAUGUUCCGACCAAGGCUCAGGUCGAUGCCCUGUCCCGCGAAUGGGCCAACCGUGCUGCCCUGCCAUCGCACGUCGUCACGAUGCUGAACAACAUGCCAACGACGUUGCACCCAAUGUCGCAGCUGAGCUGCGCGGUCACUGCCCUGAACCACGAGAGCAAGUACGCCAAGGCUUACUCGGAGGGUGUGCACAAGAGCAAGUACUGGGAAUACGUGUACGAGGACAGCAUGGAUCUGAUUGCCAAACUGCCAGUCGUUGCUGCCACCAUCUAUCGCAACACGUACCGCGAUGGCAAGGGAAUCGGUGCCAUCGAUCCCAAGAAGGAUUGGUCCGCCAACUUCACCAAGAUGUUGGGCUACGAAGACGAACAGUUCACCGAGCUGAUGCGUCUCUACCUGACCAUUCACAGUGACCACGAAGGUGGCAACGUGUCCGCUCACACCGUACAUCUGGUUGGCUCUGCUCUGAGCGACCCAUACCUGUCGUUCGCUGCCGGUAUGAACGGAUUGGCUGGUCCACUCCACGGUCUCGCCAACCAGGAAGUAUUAGUGUGGCUGCAGAAGCUGCGCAAGGAGCUCGGUGAUAACGCCAGCGAAGAUAAGGUCAAGGACUUUAUCUGGAAGACACUCAAAUCCGGACAGGUUGUUCCUGGCUACGGUCACGCCGUUCUGCGAAAGACCGAUCCUCGUUACACUUGCCAGCGCGAGUUCGCCCUGAAGCAUCUGCCAAACGAUCCCCUGUUCCAGCUGGUGUCCAACAUCUACAAAGUCGUGCCCCCAAUCCUGACCGAACUCGGCAAGGUCAAGAACCCAUGGCCAAAUGUAGAUGCCCACUCCGGUGUCCUGCUGCAGUACUACGGACUGAAGGAGAUGAACUACUACACCGUGCUGUUCGGCGUGUCCCGUGCCCUUGGUGUGUUGGCUUCGCUCGUCUGGGAUCGCGCCCUGGGACUGCCCAUCGAACGCCCGAAAUCCAUGUCCACCGAUGGACUGAUGAAGGCCGUUGGCGCCGCCAAGUAAAUCCGCCAUCGUCAUCAUCAUCCAAUCGACCGAAAACAAACCAAUCCCGUUUACUUCGAAGAACAACCAAGUACGACAUGAAUCAGCGAACCGCUCAAGAAGAUGAAUGCAAAACACGCAGAAAGACAGUGCUUGACAUCUCGUUCAAGAGAGUGUCGCGUGCGCAGCUGGCAGAGAAAGUGAACCAUAAAAAUACCAAACCUUCAAGUUAUGUUCCCUCACAAUUUUUACUUGCGCCAUCGUCCUUAAUUUCGGUUAUCCCUUAACAUUUGAUGCAUCGGAAAAAUCGAAACCCAAACUUUCACGCAUAUACAUUUGUAAUAAUUGUAUGAUUUUAAUUAAGAUGUUAAGAGCAUUAGUAACUUAAUUAGUGUUAGGAAUACAAGCGAAAAAGCGCAAAGCUUUGCUCAUUUUCGGGCAUCCACCGUAAGUCAGGGCUCUUCUCCUCGUCUGUUUUCAACACUGUAAAAAUGAAUCAACACCAGAAAAUCAGAGCAGGAGCCUUACUUACACGGACGGCAAAAGAAAAUAAAUCAUUUUAUUUAUUGUCUAUUUAAAAAAUCGACUAAUUUAAAUGAUGAUAAGUGAAACGAAAGCUUUCAAACUACAACGGCAAGGAAGAGAGUAAAAUACAAUAAAGAAGAAGACCAAACCCAGACGAAACCCCCUCGUUGUUAUUGCGUAUGUUGUAAAUCAAUCAUCUCGGAAUCCAAAUCAUACAAAGCAUACUUAAAUGUAGUUAAAAGAAGUGCUACCUCAUAUUCAUCUUGUUCUCGAUUUAAGAUCGUAACACUUGUAGAAUGUCUGAAAAUGCUCUAUAGCAUUGAUUCCCUCGCAAAACAAGGUCUGCCAUAUGUUCCCGUGAACCCUUUAUGAUUUCCGCCUUUCUCGCCAAAUGCUGUUUUUACUCAACUUUGAAUGUUUGUGCAAUCUUCUUCGAAUAACUUUAAGAAGCAUUCACGCCAACAUUUACUGCACAUGGUUCGUUCGUUUUGUUCUUCGGCUCGUAUCCACGUAACACGUGAUUGCGAUUUAUUAUAACUGAGAAGCUUUUCAGCUGAGGCCCCAACAAAUUAACACAAAAUAUCCAUCAGGGCACUAUGAAUCAAACCCUAGACGAAAAACCAAUGAUAAUAAACUAG